AUGGCAAAAAUAUCGGUGCCUUCCCUAGACCCAGAGCUUCAUAAAUUGGCCUCGGAUAUAAUCUCCAAAAAAGGUCUAGAUGACGACCAAAAAUGGGUAAAUUCAAUCCAUCCACUUCUCCUAAAGCGCUUGGAGACAAUUGAGGCCCAGAUUCAGCAUUCGGUGACCGCUAACGCUAAUACACCCCCCACUACCACUUUGGACGAAGUCAAACGCACUCUAGAACGGAUUCGGGAAACCAUGGAGGAGAAUUUUGAUAGCGGACCUCCUUUUACAAUUCGCCGGAUUGCCGAGCUAUUGGUCCAAUAUGAAGAUAGCGAGUACUCAUUAACUACAGUUGCACUGGCACACAAAUAUCUACUGGCAUUAGCACGGUUGAUUUGCGUGCAAUCGAAAGAAAGUUCAUUUAAAGAGUUGGAAUUUGUUUCUGCCUCGAUCACCCUGGGCUCCAACAGCAACGCCAAUGGCGAGGAAUUACCAAAGGAUAUAAAGUUCGAACGUCUUCUGUGGGACGAUGCACCUAUUACAGAGACGAUUUUAGUAACGAACAAAACUGAAUUGCUCGAGAAGGUGGCUGAGAGACAAAAUUCAAUGAAAGAGAAUGAGGAAUUGGAUGAAAUUUCUAGUCCGAAGUCGGAGAAGGAAGAAUCUUCUGUGGAGGCUAAUUUGAAAGAUGCAGAUAGUAUGGAUAAAACUAUGGUCUCUGAUGCUGACAAAAAAGAUGGAAUAGCGGUGCAAGAUUUGGUAGACCCAGUUGAAGUCGAAGUUGAAGUUGAGGUUGAAGGUCCCGAUUCAGAAGAUCAUGUGUUGAAACGGGCCAAGCUUGACUAA